AUGACGUCUAACUGCUCCCCAGCCUCCAUCAAGAGCUGCCCCCAGUCACCCUCUGUCUGCUCCAGCAGCACGAGCUGCCGGCUGGAGCUGUGCCUGGGUUACGUCUGCCAGCCCGGGAUGUGCGUGCCCUCUGUCUGUGCGCCCACCCCCUACCGGCCAGCCACGUGCCUCUCAAAGGCACUAGCCAGCUCCUGCCAGCCCGGCAGCUGCCGCCCGACCAGCAGAAGCUCCGGCUCCGUGGGUUCCUACAGCCGAUACUUUGAGGGUUCCUUCAAUGGCGAUGAGAAGGAGACCAUGCAGUUCCUGAACAACCACCUGGCCAGCUACCUGGAGAGGGUGCGCCAGCUGGAACGAGACAACGCGCAGCUGGAGAGCCGCACUCGAGGCGCCUCCCGGUCUCCAGCGCCUGCCUUGGGUCCUGACUAGCAGUCUUAUUUCAAGACCAUCGAGGAGCUCCAGCGGAAGGUUCUGUACACCAAGGCAGAGAAUGCCAGGAUGAUCGUGCACGUCGACAAUGCCAAGGUGGCUGCCGAUGUCUUCAGGACCAAGUACGAGAUGGGGCUGGCCAUGUGGCAGCUGGUGGAGGCCGACACCAGUAGCCUGUGCAGGGUGCUGGAUGAGCUGACCCUGUGCAAGGCCGACCUGGAGAUGCAGGUGGAGUCCCUGAAGGAGGAGCUGAUGUGUCUCAAGAAGAACCACGAGGAGGAAGUCGAUGCCCUCCUAUGCCAGCUUGGGGACCGCCUUAACGUUGACGUGGACGCCGCAACCCCCGUGGACCUGAACAGGGUUCUGGAAGAGAUGUGGUGUCAGUACGGGGCCCUGGUGGAGACUAAUCACAGGGACAUGGAGGAAUGGUUCACCAGGCAGAUGGAAGCACUUAACCAGCAGGUAGCCACAAGCUCUGAGCAGCUCCAGAGCUACCAGUCAGACAUCAAUGAUCUGAGACGAACGGUCAACACGCUGGAGAUCGAGCUGCAGGCCCAACACAGCCUGAGAGACUCUCUGGAAUCUACCCUGGCAGAGACGGAGGCCCGCUACAGCUCCCAGCUGGCCCAGAUGCAAUGCCUGAUCACCAACUUGGAGGUCCAGCUGGCCGACAUCCACUGUGACCUGGAGCGGCAGAGCCAGGAGUACCGGGUGCUGCUGGAUGUCCAGGCCCGGCUGGAGUUUGAGAUCAGCACGUACCAGGGGCUGCUGGAGAGCGAGGACUGCAAGUACCUGGGGUGUGAGAGGUUUGGAGGAGGUUAUAGGAAGCAACUGGAUCUACCCAUAAGGUACAGCCCUGUCAUGAUUAAUAAGGGAUUAGGAAGCCGGGAUGAUCCAAAGACGUCAGGCAGGUCUUCAUGCUGCCAUCCCACACCUGGCCCAUUGGGACCAUUCUGCUCCAUUCCAAGUUGGCAGACUCCUUCUAAGUGCUCAGCGUGUGCCAGCAUGUGCCAGGGGAUACUGAGACGGAUGAUGACAAAGCAUCUGUUCUCAAGCCUUUUCCAUCUCCAGGGAGACAGACAUGCCACUGGAGAUCAUACUGGGGAAGGGUGGAUGUUUGGGGCACUUGGAAGGAUUAUGUAGCUUCAUGUGUUGAGCUGUGGUGGAAAGGAGGACAGGAAAGAUCAGCUGGGCCCCAUUCAA